AUGUCACAGGCGGAGAAGAAAAACGUCCUUAAUCGUAGGAGCUCAAAGUACUGGAAAUGGCGAAAAGACCCGCCAGCUUUGGCUGCUCUCUUUCCCGUUGGCUUCGCCUCUGUCUCCAGCUACUGGCGCGGUGUUCUCUCCACCGAGGUCGCGUAUUGGACGAGGAUCAUUAUCUUCGUCGACGAGCCCAUCACUUCCACCUUCUCUCCAGAGUACUUCUCCUGGUCGCACGACAAGCUUUUGGACGUGCGCCUCACGCGUCGGAAACGUCACCACGGACGAUCUCACCCCGAUGAUGCCUACGAAAGAUCGCGUGUCGAGUACAUUGUAACGCAUCUCCGGCCUCAUCUUUUCCGCUGCAGAAGCAUUAGACUUGAUCUCAGAAACAGAUCCUCCGUGGUAGGGGCGGUGAACCACUUGAGAGGAGCUGCUCCUGAACUUCAGGUUCUAGCGCUUCGCUCUGAGAUCGCGGACACUACGGAGGAUGCUGACGGUCUUCAAGAUCUCAUUUGCCCCGCCUUGACGGAUCUGUACGUCGACCCGAAGACUUUCAUCGACGUAACGCGCCGGGGAUUCACAUGGCCGCAGAAGAAAGAUCGGUCCGUGAACUGCAAUCUCUCGCUAGGUCCAUAUCAACCUUUGGAUCCUCUGAACGUUAUCCUUGCUAAGGACCUCGUGCUAUCCCUCCAAACCCCACCAGCCUCCCAAACCUUGAACUCGAUCUUGUUGCGGAACAUUGUAUUCUUCCCUGACCUCGCCAUCCCUCAAGGGCUUAGCAUCCGCAUAUAUUACCUGACAUUAGACACGAUACCGGGUGACUUCAUCGUUGCUGUGUCCGAGGCGAGCUCAUUCGAGAUGGUCUUGAAUACGAUCACACUGAAAAAUUGCUCAGUCGAAGAACCGCUCCAUUUCGGCGCGAAUUAUCACCUCAAUCUCGAAACUAUCGCCGACUCGGGAACUCUCGUCAAUGUCCUCAGAUAUAGCGACGCUAAAGAGGUCUCUAUCACAGACUGCGCUGGUUUCGACGACGGCUUCCUUCAAGCUUUCGGCAACGGCGGGCCAGAAGGAAACGAUUUCUUGGCAUGCCACACGAAAUCAUUGUCAAUCCAGGGGCCCAAAUGCAAAUUCUCGUCUGCCGCUUUCAAACACGCAGUAAAAUACAGGCCCAGGGCUACCUUGGAAUCCCAUCCUUCAGAUUGGUGGACCGAUGAGGACGACUGGAUAGGCAUGUUAUCAGGGCCGGUCGUUCCCUUAAACGAACUCGAUGUUUUCGGAUGCGAUACUAGCUUCAGUCCGAGUCAGGAGGAGUGGUUUAGACAGCAUAUCAUGGACAAUGGGUGGUCGACGUCAGGGUGUCGAAUAACAUCGCUGUCUCUAAAAGCAGAACACUCGGAAUCAAGAAUAAACGAAGAAGGUGAUGGCACGGAUGACCUGGACGACCUUAUCGAUUCUCUGCCAGAGUCCAGACGAAUGCCCUGGGAUCGCAGUCCCGUCAUGUUUCCGUCGGACCAGUAA